AGACUCGUCAAACACAAUUUCGUGGCAGAAACUAUUGCACUCGCAUGACGUAAACGAAUGCUUGUAAUACACAGAUGUGUGAUGUGUAUUCCACAGAUGAAAGUUCAUGGCCAGGAGGUUUUUGCAAAGUAGGGGGCAAGCGGCAAUCACCUAUCGACAUCCAGUCCAAAAAUGUAAUCGUCGACUUUGAAAAACAAUUUAUUAAAUACGGCAAACUGAAAUACAAGGGUUAUGAGGCUGUUUUAUUGACAGGAAUCAAUAAUGGGCAUACCGUUCAAUUUAGUACCGAUGGUGACAAUUCAAUGCACCCGACUCUCACUGGAGGUCCUUUGAAACACGACUAUCGUCUGGAGCAGCUCCACUUCCACUGGCUAUCCGAGCAUGCUGUCAACGGAGCCAAGUUUCCUAUGGAGAUUCAUUUCGUCCACGUAAGAUCUGAUCUAAAAGUAUCAGAGGCACUCAAUAAACGAGAUGGACUCGCUAUAGUCUCUGUGUUUUGCAACGUUAAGACAGAACUUAAGCCCGAGGAAGCAGACAUAUCUGAGGAGCUGAUGCAUCAUAUUCCUCUAUUGAUGAGGACUGCAAAUCGCAUCAGCGGUGUACUUAUGGAUCUGGAAAAACUGAUUCCCGUGAAGGACUCUUAUUAUUCGUAUCUGGGCUCACUGACCUCACCAGAGUGUAAUGAAGUAGUCGUUUGGAUUAUAUAUGACAAACCUAUUCAUAUUUCUGACGCAUUGUAUAGAGUUUUCGGCAACGUAGGCGUAGGAAGACACAACUAUAGAAGUCUUCAGCGCCUGUCUCACCAUAUAGUUUUCCAACCACCGCCUGCACUCAUCGCCACGCCGCUCGCCGUGCAGAUGUUUAGCGAUGCCGUUAAAGUUAUACGGAAUUUCUUCAGAAAUAUUACGAGCUUCGUAUCAAGAGGCUUGCAUUCGAGAUAAUGCGAAUAGAUUGAUAGACAAGACAAUUGAGGAUAAUAAAAGAAUGUUUUGUUAAAAUCUAUUUAUUAACGUAACCGUACAAGUUAUUUACAAAUAAAUACAAAUACUUCGUA